GCCAAAUAUACGUUGAUAACUGGGGAGAAAAAUGUCGACCGAUGACACGGAACUAAAGGAAACAACCAAUCUUGAACCAACUGAUGAAGCUUCGGCAGAUAAAAAGCCGACAGAAAACGAUGAAGAACUAGAAAACAAAGAACAGCAACCACAGGCAGGUGCAUCCAACACUGCCAUUGAAGCAAAAUCUAAAAUUGAUGUAUUGUUGAAGCCAGCUGGUGAUGCCCCGAUCAUGAAAAAGAAAAGAUGGGCUGUAGAAAGAAACAAGAGAGUGAGCUGGAUCAGUGAAUUCAUCAAGAAAUAUCUCAAACUGGAUCAAAAGGAAUCUAUGUUUCUUUAUGUACAGCAGUCUUUUGCCCCUUCACCAGAUACAGAGAUUGGUACAGUGUUUGAUUGUUUUGGAAGCGAUGGAAAACUAGUGGUACACUACUGCAGGACCCAAGCUUGGGGAUGAUAGUCUGCAUGACACGAAGAGUAGGCUGAAAUUUCAACAAGUAAUAAAAGUGACGUCACAGUAGAAGGUUGAUCAUGAAUAACCACAGAUUGCUGUGAAAUAAGUAUAAAGCAUGUCAUCAAGUGUGUUUUAUAUACAUGUACCUGCAUGGUGAUUUUUGCAUAAGCAUUUUCUAUUAUUUGAUUACUUGCAUUGGAAAAAAAAUGCAUUUAAAAAACGCUUAUGUUUUAAAAGCAGUUGUCAUGGAGAAAUGGAGAUUAAUUGGUUUAUUCAAAUUUUCCCACCCUGUCAAUAAAAUGUAUAAUUUGCGUUCUCUGCUGUAGAAAGCUGUGUCAUAUGACGUCAUAUUUUAAAAGUUCCUUUACACCAUCUUAUUGGUCGUUUUUCUUAUGAUGUCACACCUGUCAUACCAAGGGUAGGUGACUCUUGACAGAAAUCCUACCUUCAUGGGUCAACAGUAAUUCUAGCCUCGUGGGAAAUCUUGAGCAGGUCAAAAGGGACACAAUUUUGUGAAUGGCAGGAAAAUUAGUGUUGAACUUUGGAAAAAUGUUCAAUUUAAUGUUUGAGAGAAAAAGGAAAACAGUGAUAGUAUAAUUAUUGAAUUUUACAAUUUUUGUCAAAUCCUCUACAAACUACCAUAAAUUGGGAUGUUUUUACUGCGGUUAUAUUUUUGCAUAUAUUCUCGCAAGAUUCAAAUUUGCAAUUAUUUGAUGAUAAUAAUAAUAUACAACAUUUGAUACAGCGCCCUAUCUAGCUAGAAUAAGCCACUCUAAGGCACAAUUUAUACAAUCAAUACAGUUAGCAUAUAUAUACAUUAAUCAAUACAAUUUUUGAGGAAUUCGCUGGAGCGAACAUGUACAAAUUUACCGACUAAGAAAAUAACCCUCAAUUAUUCUGAACGUUUUGUUUUUUAAAGUACCAGAUUACCUGAAUUGUGUUAACAAAAGCUGACAAGGUCUUAUCAGUAAUCUAAAAGGUCCUAUUGUUGUAGUGUAGGGUGGAUAGCUUAGUGUUAAUCUGUAUAAAUCAGCGAAUUCUGGUCACUUAAGAAGAUUCUUUAAGAAGGGAGGGGGUGGGGGGGGGAGGGGUAAGAAAAUCACUGAGUCAGCACUUAAAUCUACUUUUACUCCUAAGUGGACCCCUCUACUCAUUUUGAAUUGCAUACAAGUGCAAUUCUCUCAAAUCUUAAAUUGCGAUAUAUUUUUUAUGGUAGUCAAGUUUUUGCGCAAAAUCCCAAUUUGCAAAAAGCGAGACCAGUAAAGAUAAAACUACAACUAUUUUCGAGAAAUUCACAGAAAUCAAUCUACAAAAAAGAUAUCCCAAUUUACAGUAUUUGAUUAUUUUUAGCUGAAUGACAUGUAGAUGUAUAUUGUACUGUGAUAUUAUUUAAGAGAGUAUGUGUUUUUGUUUGUUAUUUAGGGUUGAAAGAAGAUGAUUGUGUUGUAAUAUUAGAGUCUGUUCUGUGAAAAUUUCGUUUUUGAGUUGGUUUGCUUUAAGGCCAGCAGUAUUUCUUGUAAAACUGAGCAGUAUAUUGAAUUUCAACUGACUCUGAAUUGUCGAAUAUCUAUUUGAUUUUCAUAAAAACUUUUUUUCGCGAUAGUGGUUUUAACUCAUUCACCCCUGAAAAUUUGUUUUCGCAAUAGUGGCUUUAACUCAUUUAACCCUGAAAUUUCAUAAUGAGCUAUUCCAGCCUUUGAAUUGGAAGGGUUCAAAUGUGUCUUCAGGGGUGAAUGAGUUAAGGAUGUUUUUUAUGCAUGGAAUAAAAGUUGCAAAAUGAGCAAGUUAUAAAUAUAGACACGAUGUUUUUUUAUGCAUGGAAUAAAAGUUGCAGAAUGAACAAGUUAUAAAUAUAGACACGACUAAAUGUUUAUCUGUGUAAAUAUACAUAUUCAGAUAGAGGCUUAUAUGGGGGUUCAUAUUGGAUAUGUGAGUAGGAUAAGCAAAUUACCCUAUUAUUAUGUCAGAAGUGAGUUAUUAAUAUUCAUAUUGAUAACAAACAUCUGUUGCAAAUUACCUGGUCAUAACAUACAAUUUAAAUAAUUUUUGAUAAAAAAAUGUAUUUUGAUCUAUAUCUAUGGAAAUCUGGGUUGCAAGCACAGCUGAAUGCCAAGGACAUUUUCUUGCUCAAAAUAACAAAUAGUGUAUCAUAUGUAUAGGUGUCGGGAGAUGGAUUUUCUUGCCCAAAAUUCUACAGCUAGUGGCAGAAUGUUCGUAUCCACCACAUAAUGGGCUUUAUCUCCAAUCUUUUGUCUUAAUAUUAAUUUAUUAAAACUAUUCAAAAUGUUCAAAAGAUGAGGUUUUUAUGCCAGCAUCAUAUGAAGUGACUCUUUUUUUCUCUCCCAUUAGACAGUGAUAUCUACACUUCAUGUCAGGGGAAGAUAUCUCUGUCUUACCCUAGGGUAAAAAAAAAAAAGGAAUUCCCCUGUCAUAACAUAAGUAUCACUUCAAGUAAACAAUGUUAUGACGUCACGUCAACAAUAGCAGAUCACCUAAGAUAACUAGGAUUUGCUUGAAAUUAUGGAAUCUAAUGAAAUCAACGUUUGUAACCCAUGAAAUCACCACUUGUAUUUGAUGUGGGGAAAAAAAAAAUAAUGCUUGGGAGAAAAAUAAUCAAUCACUACUUCGGUAGGAUGAUGAUAGAGAAAUUCUAAACCUCAGGAUAAGAUUUUUUUAACUUCAGCACUUGUCACAGCCUCAUGCUGAACCUCAGAACUCUUUCCCUGGGGUUGAAAUUUCUCUAUCACGUCAUCACACUAGAGUGAUACAUUCUAUUAAUUGAUCCUCUGGGGAAUAUUUUUUGAGUUAAGCACAGGGACCUGAGAUUUUGUGACAGCUAUAUUAGAAUAUGGUGUACCAUUACUGGGGUGGCAUUUUUACAGAAAAUUGAUCUUAACUUCUGAAACAUGUAAAAGAAAAUUCUGAACACCUCAGUUUAGGUCCUAAUAUAGCUGUAUAGCAGAAUAUAUAUCAGGUCCCUGUGCCUGAGGGUACUAAUGUGUCAUUGGAAUACCCAACUCUAUAUUUUCCUGGUGAUGCUUCAGGUUUGUGAGAAAUAUCGUCUUUUAUUCUUAAUUUUUGACUGAGCAUUACUACUUCAGACAGCAACAAGUAUUACUUAACCUAUUACAAUAACUCGUUUUCGAUAAAAAA